GAGACAUCAACAUGAAUAACCAGGAAGUGUUGAUUAGUUGUUUAGUCCUAAACAAAGAUGGAAAUCAGUCUCACUGUCCAUACUUUUAGAUCAGAUGAGAUUUCAGAUUAUCUAAUUUCUAAUGUAAUAAAUAUUUAUUUAUGUCAUAUGUUCAAAGCAUAUUAAUGGUCUAUUCAUGCACGUAUUGAUCCAUUAAGCUGCGAUAAUAUUAUUAGACUUAAUUGGUCGAACAGUAGUUUGGUUUCUAGUGUUAUACGCAUUGUGUUGGACAAGUUAAUCCGAUUUAACCAAUCUUGAUCAUACUACUGAUGAAUAGUAAGACACAUAUCUGUAGGAUUAAACCAAGACUUGCUUUUAAAAAAAAAACGGUGAUUAGCUAAUUAUAUAUAAAUAUACACAGAUAUCAGUUAUUAAUUUUAUCGAGAUCCGUAGUGGUUAAAGACAUGUGUAUAAGGUUUUCUACAAAAGUCGAUGAUCCAUAUGCUAAUAUUCCAAGUCAUAAAGCAUUUACCCGUACGUAUCUUUCGACAGUUACUGCAGACUUUGGUGAAGACAACUUCCUGACAUGUCCACUUGGUAUAAUUUUCACACUCGGUAUCCUGUUAGGAUCUGGUGGUGCUCAAGGUAGAACAGGUUAUCAAAUUGGAAAAACAAUGAGACUAAAAUCGACAUCUUCUUCAUGGAAUAUUUCGGAAGCUCAACAGGAAAUGAAAUCAUUAUAUAAAGAACUUAAUAACUCACUCACUUCAGAAAAAACAUUUUUAAAUGAGAAAGAAGAAAAUGUUGUUAGAAUAUCAACAGGUAUAUUUGUGCAAAAAACUUACGAAGUUGAAAAACGUUUUAACGAAAGUAUUGCAAAUGAUUUUGAAGGAGAACUGAAACAGGUGGAUUUUUCUAAUCGAACUAGUGCUACAGUUGAUAUCAAUGAUUGGGUUGAUCAACAGUCUAAUGGUUUAUUGGAGAAAUUCUUUACAGAUGAUAUUCCAGAUGAUACUGUGAUGAUACUGGUAAAUGUUUUCUACUUUAGAGAUUUUUGGCAAAGUCCAUUUGAGCCUCAUUACACUAGGAUGGAGAAUUUUGAUAUUUCAUCAGAUCACCAAAUAACGGUUCAUAUGAUGACACAAGACGGAGUAAUGAAGUAUGGAAAAUUCGAAGAUGAAGGAUUUGAGAUCGUCAGCAAACCGUUAAAUAACACACGUUUCACAUUUGUUAUCGUGUUACCGCUUAAAAAGUGGUCGUUAAAUGGUGCCACAGAACUUUUGAAUGGCAAUAAAGUUUUAAGUGAAUAUGUAAAGAAUUUGAAAGAAACUGCAGUGUCAUUACGAUUACCGAAAUUUACAUUGAAAAAUACACUUGACCUUGUGCCAACAUUAAAGUCUAUCGGUGUUGUCGAUUUGUUUGAUCCAGUAAAAUCUGAUCUGUCAGGAAUCACACCUAAUCACAAUCUAUAUGUGAAUAAAUUUAUUCAAACAAAUGUAUUGAAAUUAAAUGAAAGUGGAAUUGAAGCAACCACUGUAACUUCACCUAUAUUUGUGCCUAUUUCAGCCACUAUACCAGAAGUAGACUUUCAUGUAACUCAUCCAUUUAUAUGCUUUAUAUAUGAUCAACAAUUAACAAUGCCGAUCAUGGCAGCUAAAGUAAUGAAGCCAGUUAUACAAUCGUAGUGAGCCAAUCAUCAUUCACCCUCAUAUAUAUUUGAUAAUUAAUUAAUUUCCACAUAAAUCGUUUGUUUUAUUACAAUGAAUUAUAUUACGAACAUUCGUUUUGUUUACUUUCCAGUGAUUAAUAAAUAAAGAUAAUCCAGUUUUCUAAGCUUUUCUUUAUUUACAAUAUUAUUUACUGAAGUUGU